AUGUCUCAACAAAACUACCGCUCUGGUCACCAAAACCACGACGCCCAUGAACCACACCUCAACUUAGGAGCCCACGGACACAACAUGCCGAGCAAGAGAAGCCCAUGUGACGAGAUGAACAGCUGUUCGGAAUCCGUCUCAAGUUCGACGUCACUCUAUGCCAACCCGCCCUCCCCAGUCCUACAUCCAGGCAUACACCCACAUAUUGGGAAGGGCUACACGACUUCUGAGAGCGUGUCCCCCGCCGUUCGAGCAGCAACUGUUCAUUACAACGAAGUCUCUGGGCCUCGAUUCGCUGAUCGGUAUGGUCCGGGGAACUAUACAUAUCAGGCUUUCCCACCAGUGGAAUCCACCUUCGAGUCUUCGGGCCCCAGCUCAACGAACAGUCCAUACCGACCGAGAACGCCACCGACAACUCUUUCUCCUCUGUUACUCGACGCAGUACACCAGCGUCCGCCAGGCCAUACACAUCCUCUACCCGAACCACUCUCUAAAUACUUGAGGGUAGCAAGACCAAAUCCUUCAGCUUCUACUAAACCUAGCCACACGGUGACAGAUGCCUCGUCUACAGCCCCCUCCGGGAGUAAAGCGCAGAAGACAGAAAAGGGGAGGAAGAAGAAAGCGCCCAGAGAGCGCAUGAACGAACUGGAGCCUGACAUUCUGGAAAGUAUCAAACCCGGACACGAAGAAAAGCGAAUAACGCAGAUCGAUCUCCAGGACAUGGCUAAGAAGUUGGAAACGGCUUUCCAAGACCCGAGGAUGAACAAGGGUGAGAGUGCGUGCAAGAAGAAGCGACUGGAAAAGAAUUGGUGUCAUCAACAUCUCGAGUAUGAUACCUGCGACACCGAGGGGUGCGAGGGAGGCAAUUGGGUUUAUCCGUAUCCUAGGAGCUCUGUCAAGAAGACAGUGUUGGCACCUAAACCCAAGGCAUCGAACUCUACAGUCACGCAGACAGCUUCUUCCGUCGCUGCCACACCACCUGCUGUCAUUGAAGUGGAAAGCGACGCCACUAAGACCAUUCCCGAGAAGGGAUAUACUGACUUGAACCGCUUUAUCGACCUGAAUGGGCGCCAGCAUGCGUCGUGGGCUCCCUACAGGCAGAACGACGCACUAUGUGGAAACGAGACUGUUCAACACGAUGAGCAGAGGAUUGCGUGCGAGCGUACUAGAGAGGCAGCUAUCAAAUCGGAGGCUAAGUGGCGAUUGGAGGCAGACAAGGUCUCCAAGGAUUUGAAACAGAUCGAGAAGAAGGUGCAGGCCAGCUCACCAACAACAGUAUGCGGCAAGAAGGGAACGCUGAAUCUGGCGCCGAAGAAGGCGUUGGUGAACGCCUCAUCCGUGAAAGAAUCUAAUACCUCGGCAAAGAUGCUCCAUGCCACAGAAAAGACCGGAGGAGCAGUCACAUCCUAUAGCGCACUUAGGCGGCUUAUUGAGGGAACGGCAAGGCCCCUGGAUGAUUCAAUACCUGACCUAGAUCUGACGAUGAAGACGCCACCUUUUGAUCCUUUGGUUUCUUCGUUGCCGGGCAAGCAAGCGGCGAAAACCAAGGACGAAAUCAAGGCUACAGAAGCGGUAGGGGUCGCUGCUGAAACACGCACCACAACCUCUAGGCUUGAUACCCUUGCCACCAAUGCCGAAGCAAAUUCAAAGUGGGAUGGUACCGAAAUGAGUGAAGAUGAGGGCUGGGAGAAGGUGAUUGGCGAUGAUGACAGUGACUGGGAGGUGGUGGGGAAGUAG